AUGUACUGGGUGCGACGAUUCACCUACCUGACGGUGCCGGUGCUACUCAUUAUCUUUGUGGCUACUUACCUCCCCGUUCUCCUCGAUCCAACAAGUAGAGGACCUGAGAGUCGCGCUCGCGAUCGACUUUGGGUUAGCAGUAGCCCAUACUUCUGGGAUCGCCAAGCAUGCCGAUGGAUAAGCUUGUGUGGUCUGCACCACCUGCGGAGGGACCCUGCCGUGCUCCCGCCCAUCUUCGAAGAAGACCCUGAAGACGAGCUAAGAGUAGAACUGCGAAAACGUAUGGACGUUACGUGGGAGGAAGAUGCUGAACUCCACGGCUUAGGAAGCCGGAAAGCCAAGAGGGACUUGAAGAGGAAUCCGCAGGAGCGUCGCAAGAUCCUCAAGGAAGUUCCCCAAUAUGUUAUCGAUCAUGCCCCGUUAGUGCACCUCUACUCUGGCGAGCAGUUUUGGCCUUCAGACAUUCGCGAGCAUAUCCAACACAUGAUUAGCCUCAACCGCUUCGAUAAUCAUAUGGUCACUCUUCACAGCCUGGAGGACGUUGAAUCUCGCCCCAAGUGGCUUCACAGCCAUGACAACCUGCCAAACCCCUUUGAUGACCCCGAUGCUUCUACACCACCUCCUCGAGGAAGUGGUAGGAAACCACAUAACGAGCCCGACACUUGGUUCGACACAGACAAGAAGCAUCCUGUCCAUCGUAUCUCUGAUCCUCGAAGGAAAAACAAACCCGCAUAUGCCCCUACACCUAGUCCCGGCAAAGAACAGCAACGGAUAAUUCCGCGCGGCCACAAACCAGAUGCCGAUGGCUAUUCCAAAGCGCCGGCUACCCUCGUUCUGGUGGAUAAAGGCUCGGGCAUUGUUGAUGCUUUCUGGUUUUUCUUUUACAGCUACAAUCUAGGGCAAACUGUGCUUGGCCUACGAUUCGGAAACCAUGUGGGUGACUGGGAGCAUUGCAUGGUGCGCUUCCAGAAUGGAGAACCCCGCGGCAUCUUCUUUUCUGAGCACGAGGGUGGCCAGGCUUACGCAUGGGAGGCCAUUGAAAAGCGCGGCGUGAGGCCCGUCAUAUACUCGGCUGUUGGCUCCCAUGCCAUGUAUGCUCUGCCCGGUCCGCACCCUUACGUUCUGCCCUUCAAAAUGCUAAAGGAUGUUACGGAUAAGGGCCCCCUAUGGGAUCCUGCGCUUAAUAACUAUGCUUAUUUCUACGAUUACACCCUCGAGAACCCCGAAGACACCAUCGAGCACGAGGAUAGCAUUGGAGCGAAGGGACUGACGCACGACACCCACAGCUUCGUCCCCGCCGCGUCCAAUCCGGAUGCGCCGACUACGUGGCUGCACUAUCAGGGCCGUUGGGGUGAUGAGACUUACACCCUAGCUGAUCCUCGCCAAUGGCGCCUCUUUGGCCAGUAUCAUUAUGUUACAGGACCCAGUGGACCUAAGUUCAAGAAUCUCGAGCGGCAAACCCUAUGCCCAGCGAGAACUUGCCGUCUACUAUAUGAGAUUGAUCCCAAGGGUACUUGGUACUAA